AUGUCAUACACAACCAUUCCUUUUUCAUCUAUUCUUCACAAUGAAAAGUCCUUCCGUCACUUGCUUGCUGCUGAUCCUCACGCCAAUGAAGUCACAUUCACAGCAGUAAGUCCAUUGUUCGAUUCAUUCGAUGCGUCAACUGUCUUUUCAAAUGAAAGCUUUCUCGAACACAUUUUCUCCUUUCUUUCCAUGAAAGAUUUGUGGUGGAAAAUUUGUUUUGUUUGUAAAUGUUGGUUCAAACUUUGUUUGGCCACCAGAAGAACCAUUGAUUUUGAUGGACAUUCUAUUGAAUAUUUUCUUUUGAAUGAUAAAGAAAUCCAACCUUCUCAUGACCCUUAUGCCAUUUCCACAUUCGUCAACAAGGCAUUCAUUGAUCUAAUGCUUCAUUUGUGUUGGACAAUACCAGAAAUAUUUGGCAGAGUUUAUCCUGUGUGUAAAAUCCAAACAUUGAAAAUCCGUACUGAUCCUCACAAGGAUCGUGCUGUAACGUUGAGAAGCGAACACUUGAUUGAGCUUUCUCGAGUUCAUGGUCAAACUCUGAAGCAUCUUUGUCUCGAAGGAAGAUCCAUGAUCACAAGAGAAGGUUUAAAACAAUCGUUUGAGAAUCUUACAAUGCUUGAAAGUCUUUCCCUUGAGGAGAAUGAAGCCAUGGAUCAUGAAGUUGUCCAUUAUGUACCAACUUCUCUCAAGAGAAUCACAUUAAGGAAUUGCGAAAACUUUUUGAGAGAACAUAGAGAACAGAAAGAAAAAGUUCUUUUGAGAAAUUUAGAGUAUUUAUGUUGUCCCAUGCACUAUACAGAAAUGAUUUUUCAGCAUGUGCAUUCCGUGAGCGAGAGAUUUGUUUUGGAUUGGUCCAAAGAUCCACACACUUGCUCAUGGAACGAAUGUUCACUCGAUUCGAAUGUUAAAAUUGACAAGUUGGUCCUCGAUGGGCAUCAAGCACUCUCACUCUAUCCAUUCCAAAUCAAGAUGAACCAAUUGGAAAUUCGAGAUCGUUUGGUACAGGCAAUGGUCUUUGCAUGUCGUCAUUUACAUGAACUUGACAUUCCUCUCUUAAUGUCACCUCAAGCAAAGGCCCUUGUUGAAGAAUCCUUAAAUGUUCUCCACCACAAAGAAUUGAUGGAUGUGAUGGUUGUUGAUCGAGCUCGUUAUGAACAAGUUUUAAAAGACAUUCAUCGUGUUUUGAAUUCUGUUUGUUGGAUCAAGGAAGAUUCAACAACUCUCAAAACAACCUUCUUACUUCCAACCGUGUUUCAACUACUUGAGAAAUUUCAAUUCCUUUCUUUAUCCAUGAUUGAGAUUCUAGAGGAGAACAGAUCAAUAAAUGAAACUGUUCCAAGUUCAUCUUCCUCUGUUCCAAGUUCUAAAUAUUCCAAAAAAAAUAAAUUCAUGUCUCUUCCACCACCACCACCCAUCAGCUCCUUGAUUGCAGUCAAACAGAGGACACCUCUCAAGAGUUCCAUUUCAUCAUCAAAUUCCGUUUCUGAUGAAUUACUUGUUAAAAUUUCCUCCCGAAAAGAACAACAAGUUCAAAAAUCACCAAAAAAAGUCGAAUGGGAGAUUCCAGAACAUAAUCAAUGGUGUAAGAAAAUUGUAACCUUUGUAGUGAUCAGCGACACCCAUAACAAACAUGAUAUGUUGAAUUUACCGGAAGGUGAUGUAUUGAUUCAUUGUGGAGACAUGUCCGAUGAUGGAAAGAUUGAAGAAAUUCAAACAUUUAAUGAAUGGCUUGGAAAGACUCCAUACAAACAUCGAAUUGUUAUUUGUGGUAAUCACGAAGAAGAAAUUUCUAGUCGUUCCCCUUCUGAAAUCCAACAACUCAUGUCAAAUGCCACUUAUUUACACAAUACCAGUAUUGUCAUUGAAGGUAUUAAAAUUUACGGAACUCCCUAUGUUUCCAACAUGUCAGACAUGCCAGGAGAAAACAAAGCAUUCAUGUCACGACGUGACAACAAGUUCUUUUAUAGAAGUGAAUCAGAAUUGAAUGAUUCAAUUUUUUCACAAAUCGACCAUGACACGAAUAUUUUAAUCACUCACACACCUCCAAAAGGAAUUCUUGAUGGAAUGUUACAUUUUGGGAGUCCUUCUUUAAAGAAACGAAUUAAGGAAUUGAAACAUCUUAAAGUCAAUUGUUUUGGACAUGUUCACAUGGGUUAUGGUGUGGAACGAGUGGACAAUGUGACCUUUAUUAAUGCAGCAAGUGAUGGAGAUGAACAUCCUAUUUAUUUUAAUUAUCAUAUCCAAUAA